AUGACGGAAACAUUCCAGAAAAUAGAGAAAAUAGGCGAGGGCACGUACGGAGUUGUCUACAAAGCCAAGGAAAAAACAACAGGGAAGAUCAUAGCGCUCAAAAAAGUCCGCCUCAGAGACGACAGAGAGGGCGUGCCUGCCACGACCAUCCGAGAAAUCUCCCUGCUCAAAGAUAUUAAGCACCCAAACAUAAUAGCACUCCAGCAGGUCGUGUACACGGAAAGCAAGCUGUACUUGGUCUUUGAGUACGCCGAGACAGACUUGAAAAAGUACCUGGACACGCUCCGGAGGGAGAAAAGGCCGCUUGCAUGGGCGCAAAUAAAGUCCUUCGCGCACCAGCUUACGUCCGCCCUCGCGUACUGCCACUCUGUCGGCGUUCUCCACAGGGACUUAAAGCCGCAGAACAUCCUCAUAACAGAGGACAACCAAAUAAAACUUGCAGACUUCGGGCUGGGGAGAAGCAUAGGAAUACCCCUGCACACGCUCACAAACGAAGUUGUCACGCUCUGGUACAGGGCUCCGGAAAUCCUGCUCGGCGCAAAAAACUACUCGAUGGCGGUCGACGUCUGGUCCCUUGGGUGCAUCAUAGCUGAACUCGUGCUUCUGCGGCCUCUUUUUCCGGGCGACUCUGAAAUAGACCAAAUAUACAAAAUAUUCCAGAGCCUGGGCACGCCGAACGAGUCCGUGUGGGCAGGCGUGACCGCCCUGAAGAACUUCCAGCCAGAGUUUCCCGUGUGGAAGAAGGGGAGCGUGCAGCUCGCUGAUAAAGAGUGCCAGUGCCUGGUGAACGACAUCCUUGUGUAUAAUCCCAUAGAUAGGCCGUCAGCAAAGCGGCUCCUGGCGCACAAAUACUUCCAGAAGUGA